AAAUAAAACAAGAAAAGAAAAACUACAUUAAAAAGAAAAAAGAAAAAGAAAAUGAAGUUAGCGACGUCGCAUGCAAAGAGAAUCGGCGCAAUAGUCGUUGGGCCUGGCCUGGCCCAUGUUCUCUUCAUCAAAACUACACCGUAUCGAAGAUUUCCGCCAUAGGCCUUUCUCGUCUCCUGCUUUCUUUACUGGUCGAAAUUAGGGUUUUCAACUUGUGCUAUUCUCAUUUUACUAUCCGAUCAAUCAAUUGCUCAAAAUUAAGAUAAAAGAUGAAGAAUCGGAACUCAAAUAAGGAUGAAGGAAAGAAUGAGAAGUUUAACGGCACAAAAUCGAUGGACAUGAAAAAGAAGAAAAAGAAGAACAUGAUGCGAUUAGGAGGACAGGGUCUUUCCCUCGAAGUCUUUGCUAAUGCGAAAUCCAGUAGCAGUCACUACAAUCCAGCUGUUAUAAAGAAGCAAAGAGAGUUUUACAAGAAUGCAAAGUAUGUGAGCAAAUUUAAGAAAAAGAUAAAGCAGCAGCAAAGUCAACCGGAUAAUCUGUCCUCAGCUGUUAAAUCACUGGAGGACAAGGACGAUGAAAGUGGAGAAGAUAGAAAUAUGGUUAAAAAGAAUAAGAAGAAGAAGAAUGGGUCUCAUAGUUUGAGAGAAUUAUACGAGAAACAGCACCAAGAGAAAGAGAAAGCAAGAACUGAGAGGGAGGCAAUUAUUAAAGCGAAAAAGGAAGAAAGAGAAAAGGCUGAAGCUCAUAGAAAAGCUGAAAGAGAGAAGAUGUUCAAGAAGACCCGACAUGGUCAGCCUGUUAUGAAGUAUAGAAUUGAGCAUCUCCUGCAGACCAUACAAGGUUCGAAAUAAAUUUUCAGCCAUCUAGAACCUAGCAUAUGUUUUUUGCCCUUCUGUUAGGAUGCCUGUAUAGGUAACAGAGAAGUCGUUAACUAUUCGGUUUUUCUUAUAUUGCGUGAAACAUGACGGACUAAUUGAGUUGCUGUUGCAACUUGAAAGAGUUUUGAUGCAUUUUGAUAUCGCACUGGAUAUAUUGUUAAUUCUACUGUACUAUACUGAGAUGUACUGAUCACUGGAUAAAUAGCUUCAAAUUCUGAUAAUUUCAUAAGCUUUUCUCUCUCUUA